GAUCAUAUGAACUUCAACUUCCUUCUCUCCUUGUACCUAACGCCCUGAGCAAUCAUCAAGCCCUUCGUCAUGCCUCUUCCUGUACCUCUCAUUCGACUGCAAUGUGGCGUCAAUAGCUAUGAGUGGGGGAAGAUUGGAAAGGAUUCUGCUGCUGCUAGGUUUGCCGCAGCGACGCCUUCCAGCGAUUUCUCUGUCAAAGAUGAUAAGCCAUACGCCGAGUUAUGGAUGGGAACACAUCCUUCAAAUCCCUCGAAAUCCCUCGAUACGCAACGAUCUCUCCUCGAUUUAGUUCAAGAAAAUAAGGCUCUUAUGUCCAUUAGUAUCAGCGAGAAAUACCAAGACAAGCUACCUUUCCUAUUCAAGGUACUCUCUAUCAACAAGGCGUUGAGUAUACAAGCACAUCCAAACAAGAAGCUUGCAGAGAAACUACAUGAAACAGACUCCAAGAAUUAUCCUGAUGACAACCACAAACCCGAAAUGACGAUAGCUGUAACUCCAUUCGACGGCUUGUGCGGAUUUAGACCUUUGGCGGAGAUCACACAUUUCUUGACCAAUGUUCCUGCUUUACGUAAGUUGGUCGGCGAGGAGAAGGCCACGAAUUUCGAGAGCACAGUGAAAGGAAAGGAGACCUCAGACAACGAAUCUGAUAUCAAGGCCAACAAAGAAGCUCUACAAGCGGCCUUCACCGCAUUGAUGAAUGCGAGUCAAGAUGCCAUCACCUCGGCAAAUAAGGAAUUGCAAGAAGCAGCCAAGUCGGAAGGCUCGAAAUUCGCCGGAGAAGGUGGCCCCUCCAACGAUGGCCAAGAGCUUGCCGAUCUAGUCCAAAGAUUAAACUCUCAGUUUGCGGAUGAUAUUGGCCUUUUCGUUCUCUUCUUUUUAAAUUAUGUCAAGCUCGAGAUCGGCGAAGCAAUGUUUCUGAAGGCCGACGACAUUCAUGCCUAUCUCUCAGGGGACAUUAUCGAGUGCAUGGCCUCCUCAGACAAUGUUGUGCGAGCAGGCUUCACACCAAAGUUCAAGGACGUCGAUACUUUGACCACCAUGCUGACGUACUCGUAUGCACCAAUAUCCGAGCAAAAGAUGACACCAACGGACUUUCCCUAUGUAACUCUCAACGCAACCGCCUACUCAUCGCAAUCAGACUCAAUAUUAUACGAUCCACCAAUCGAAGAGUUCAGCGUCGUUCGGACAGAAUUGAAGAAAUCUGGUGCAAAGGCUACAUUUGACCCUAUAGAAGGCCCAAGUAUCAUCUUGUGCACGUCUGGGACUGGCACCAUCGCUGUUGGGCCGACGAAAGAGGAGAUUAAGCCGGGUUACGUCUACUUCGUCGGAGCAACCGCCGAAGUCAUCCUCGAAAGCAGCGACAGUGAAUCCUUUGUCACCUUCAAGGCCUUCUGCGAGCUUGAUGGACAGUCUAUCUCGAAUCUAUAAAUAUCAUG